GUUAAAAAUAAUAAUUAGAUAUUAAUUUAUUGUUAUAUCAAAAUUUUACAAGUUACAAUAAAACAUGCAAACAAUUUGUAAUCCAGAUCCCUGCUGUUGUCCACCGAUACCCGUUCCAUCAUGUCCACCACCAUGUUCGUCAACAACAAAAAUCAAGGAUCCAAGUUCAAAGUAUUACGAACAAAUUGGUGCGGAGAUGAUAGGUAAUCAAUUGAUCAUUCGUAUGGAAAAAGAUAAGUCCAAAUCCAAAAGAAAAUUAGAUCAAUGGGAUCCACCUUGUGAUUGCGACGUUAUCGAAAUACAAAGACCGACCAGUAAAUCAGGCCCUAAGGUUUUAAAUGCUAGCAAUAAUAAUCGAGUUUUGUUUCGUGUACAAUCGAAGAGUCAUCUAGGUAAUAAGGAUGAUCCAGUAAAUAGAUCUCAAGCUAUUUCUUAUGAGCUUGGGUCGUGCAAAGGCGGUAAGAAUGACGAACAUCGAACUUUCACAUUUUAUCCUUCGUACGGUUAUCCUGGAUCGCAAGAGAUACAAACCGAUCAAAUCGUCGAAGGCAAUGAAAAUGUUUGUUUGUUGAGAAUCAAAAAGAAACCGGACACGAUGGAGAAAAUUAAAAGAAAUGUCGAAUUGGAACUUAGAACACCGAGACCACCUACGCCACCCUUACCCAUCCCUUCUAAGAUUUCUAUUCGAAAAGCAAAACGACCGUCGGAUAAAACAGAAAAGAAGAAAAAGAAAAAGAAAAAGAAAGAAAAGAAAAGUAAAAGGUCGAUUUAA